UGUUUUUAAAUUUUAUCAAAAAUAUUUUUCAACGCGUAACAGACAUGCAAUUGAGUUUCAGUUGCUCCUCGAAUUUUGCAUCCGAUCAAGCCAGAGAACAGAGAACGGCAAUAUUAAACGCAAUAUCAUCCUAUAAAUUUACAAAGGAAAUCUAUUAUGAUGCUGAUAAAAAUACGGUGACGUACGACGACCGAGCAGAAAUUUACAAAAUGCCCUCUAAAGGUUCGCCCAAGCAAUUAGGUACAUGGACUUCAAAAAAAGGUUUAGAUAUGGAACAGACAGCGUCUACGUUUAUUUCUAAGCAACGAUUUUUUAGAAUAGGAACUGCAAAGGCAAUACCUUGGACAUUUAUGGACGGUACGUGGAAAGGCUAUUGCAUAGACCUGAUAGAAAAGCUCGCCAAAGAUAUGAACUUUAAAUACGAACUAGUAGUUAAAGAAGUGUUUGGCGAGUUGGAUCCGGUCAACAACACGUGGAACGGGCUGAUAGGCGGACUUGUAGAAGGAGAGUUGGACAUCGUCGUUGCAGCAUUGACUAUGACGUCCGAGCGAGAAGAAGUCAUCGAUUUUAUAGCCCCUUACUUUGAACAGACCGGAAUAUCCAUCGUCAUCAGAAAGCCAACAAGAAAAACUUCCUUGUUCAAGUUUAUGACUGUACUCAAACCUGAAGUCUGGCUCAGCAUUGUAGGCGCUCUUACAAUGACGGCGUUUAUGAUUUGGAUACUCGAUAAAUAUUCUCCGUACAGUGCUCAGAACAAUAAACCUAAAUACGAACAAUUCAGAAACUUCACUCUGGUCGAGAGCUUUUGGUUUGCUCUGACUUCGUUCACACCGCAAGGAGGCGGUGAAACCCCAAAAGCUAUCAGUGGACGUGUAUUAGUCGCAGCCUAUUGGGUGUUCGUCGUUCUCAUGUUGGCCACUUUCACGGCUAAUCUAGCCGCGUUUUUGACAGUGGAACGGAUGCAAACUCCAGUACAAUCCUUGCAACAGUUAGCUCGGCAGUCGAGAAUCAACUAUUCUGUCGUUGACAGUAGUACUGCGCAUCAAUUUUUCAAAAAUAUGAAAAUGGCAGAAGAUAUUCUGUACAACGUGUGGAAAGAAAUAGCUUUAAACCAGACUAACCAUCGAGACGACUUCAGAGUCUGGGAUUAUCCAAUUAAAGAGGAAUAUGGCCAGAUAUUAGCAGCUAUUGAAAGGACAGGGACUGUACCGAAUAGGUCUGUCGGAUACCAAAUGGUGUUGGAUAACGAAUAUGGCGAAUUUGCUUUGAUCCACGACUCUUCGGAUAUCAAAUAUGAAGUAUACAAUAAUUGUAAUCUAACCGAAAUUGGAGAAACCUUUGCCGAACGGCCGUAUUCGAUUGCCGUCCAACAAGGAAGUCUCAUACAAGAGGAAGUCAGCAGAAAGAUAUUGGAUUUGCAAAAAGAUAGAUUUUUUGAAUCUCUGAACGCCAAAUAUUGGAACGCAUCAAAAGUCGGCAUGUGUCCUAAUGCUGAUGAUAGUGAAGGCAUCACGUUGGAGAGUUUAGGUGGAGUUUUCAUAGCCACAUUAGUCGGUUUAUUGAUAGCGUUGGUUACGCUAGCAUUUGAAGUUGUCUACUUCAAGCACAAACAAGCCAAAGUAGCAGAAACCAAUUCAAAAGACGAAAUCAAUAACAAAAAUCAGUUAUUGUACGGCCAUGAGUUGUUUAUGACGCUUGGAAGGAAUACGAAAUCAGAAGAUCACAAACGUUGGGCGACCAAGAUUAAAAUGGAUUCAACAACUGCACGACUCAAUAAUGCAUUAUUCUUUCGUAGAAACAAAUUUCAAAAUUAAAACAUUUAUAUUAAUAUAGUAUUACACAAUUUCAGAUUAGUUAACUAGUUUAGUAUUAAAUUUCACAUAUUUGUUAAAUUAUUUACGUACGUUUUUUUAAACAUAAACCUUC